AUGGAUCCGCGAGUUUUAGUAGCGAUUCUAUCAGUUGUAGUCCUGGCAGAUUUAUCUGUGGCCGAUAAGGAGGAUUCUAAAAGUGCACUAGAGCCAGUAAAUGAGGUGGCCGAGUGCAGUGCGAGCUGUUUUGAUGCCAUAAAGCCCAUUAUAGACCACAUCAUGGUAUCUAAAACGACCGCGGAUGAAGGACGAGACUUAGAAGACCAGUUGAUCCUUUUGAUGAACGAAAUUAAAAUAAAAGAUGAACAGAUACACGCGCUUAGCAAAAUUAACGAUGAACAAAGAAACACAAUAAAUACUCUGACCAAAAACAACGAUGCUCUCAUAAAAGCACAAAAUGACAAUCAAGAGCUGAUAAGGAUUAUAAAUAGUGAAUCGAAUGAGCGAAAAAAUGAAAGAAAGAAAAUCGAGGAAAAUAAGAUAGAAAUUAAAAUAAAAGACGAACUAAUUAAGAAAAAGGAUAAAGAAAUUCAGGAGAACCCUGAUAAGGCAGUCAGCAAGGACGCCCAAAAUAAUGACCUAGCCAGUCAAAUAAGUGUUAUAACCCGAAACUUAAUUGAAGCUAAUGAAAAACUGUCAAUACGUGAUGAAAUAAACUCCUGUACCACCGCCGAAAAAGGCAUUUACCAUAUAAAACUCCCUGGAAUGAGUGCAUUCGAGGCUCCUUGCAAUGGGUCAGGAUGGUUGGUGAUUCAACGACGAAUGGAUGGCAGCGUGAAUUUCAACCGGGGUUGGGCGAAAUACAGAGAUGGAUUCGGCAAUUUAACGGGAGAAUUCUUCAUCGGCCUAGAGAAGUUGUACCAAAUAACCCAAUCGAGUCAGUACGAACUUCUCAUCAGUCUUGGAAAAAUCAAUGGGUCCACUGCUUUCGUCAAGUAUGAUAACUUCAAGAUUGGCAGUGAGGAGAAUUCCUAUCCAUUGGAAUCGGUUGGAAAUUUCUCAGGAGACGCAGGCGAUUCUCUUAAAUACGAUGAAAAAAUGAAGUUCUCAACAUUUGACAGGGAUAAUGACAUGUACAGAAUUGACAAUUGCCCUGAGAUGUAUAAUGGUGGCUGGUGGUUCAAUAAUUGUGGAGGAAGCUCCCUUAACGGAUAUUUCUACAAAAAUGGCAAACAAGAGAAUUCUUCGAAGGGUGGAGUUAUUUGGGGAAGUUGGCAAGAGUGGAAUUGGAAGGUUUCCCUCACAUUUGUUGAAAUGAUGAUAAGGCCCAAACCCUUUUAAAAAUAAUUUUUGAAUAUGGAAUUUUAUAAUCACCUGCACAGAAAACUAAACCAAAAAACAUUUAUUAAUUUU